UGUGUGUGUAAGUAAACAGACAGACAGAAAAUGGCUGAAUUACUUCUAGAUCCUGCCAUUAGAUUAUGGGUAUUUUGGCCAAUUGUUGUUAUCACUUUUCUCGUAGGAAUAGUGCGACAUUAUAUUUCUCUACUACUUGCGUCUCAAAAGAAAGUAGAGCUUCAACAACUACAAGACAGCCAAGUAAUGAUCAGAGCUCGUCUACUACGAGAGAAUGGGAAAUAUCUAACAAGACAGUCAUUCCAAAUGAGGCGUCACUACUUUAAUAAUGAGGAAACAGGUUAUUUCAAGACACAGAAGCGAGCUGCUGUAACCCAGAAUCCGAUGACUGACCCCAGCAUGAUGACAGACAUGUUAAAGGGCAAUGUUACCAACGUGUUACCUAUGAUCCUCAUUGGUGGUUGGAUUAACUGGAUGUUCUCGGGGUUCGUCACCACCAAAGUUCCGUUCCCUUUGACUCUACGGUUCAAGCCCAUGCUGCAGAGAGGGGUGGAACUGCAGUCUCUUGACGCAGCCUGGGUGUCGUCUGCUUCAUGGUACUUCCUCAAUGUGUUCGGAUUACGCAGUAUCUACACUUUAGUACUUGGCGAGAACAAUGCUGCAGACCAGUCUCGUCACAUACAAGAGCAGAUGUCAGGGGCGGCCAUGGCUAUGCCGCUGGAUCCCAAGGCAGCAUUCAAGGCAGAGUGGGAGGCGUUGGAGAUCCUGGACCAUCAGUGGGCCUUGUCUGGCGUAGAGCAGGAGCUGACAGGGGCUACACCCACCCCAGACUCUCUGUAUCACCAGAGCAAGCAACAGCUGGACAACUGAACUGCCACAGAGCAUAGGCUAUUUAUUUGUGUUGUGUUAGUAAGUAAAUUUUCGUACGUUACCCAAUAAAUUAUUGUGUUGAAGUUCAA